GAACAUAUACAGUAAAAUCUGUUAAUUUCGGCGACAAAGACAACGAGUGCUCUUUACAUUAGUCAAAUUUAUAGGAAAUAUCUGCAGUAUAUAUUAUCAAAGAAGAAUGGUUGUCUUAUUCAGUACAACGCGCGUGUAGCCAAAACCAACCCCGCAGUCGCAAAUCCUGAGCUAUUCGCUCAUGGGUGCUUGCUGGUUGAGGCUCGUUGCUCUCGCUGCUCUUUCUGGCAUUUUCUUUUCUCCUCAGCAUUGCGCAUCACGGGAAGGUCGCCGGAAGUAUCCAUUCAUGCGGAGCGCAACGACAGCUCCGAAGGUGUCGUACUACGACUACAUAAUAAUAGGCGGCGGUACAGCUGGCUGUCCCUUAGCGGCGACGCUGUCCCAAAAUUACACGGUGCUUCUCCUGGAACGCGGUGGCUCUCCUUACGGUAACCCCAACAUCACCGACUUGGCCUCCUUCGGCGUCCCUCUCUCCGAUACCUCCCCUGCCUCUCCCGCCCAGCGCUUCAUCUCUCAAGACGGCGUCAUCAACUCCAGAGCCCGAGUUCUCGGCGGUGGAACCUGCCUGAACGCCGGCUUCUACACUCGUGCUAGCCCUCUCUACGUCAGGGAUGCUGGUUGGGACGGAAGGGUGGUGAACGAAUCGUACGAAUGGGUGGAGCAGUCGGUGGCUUUUGAGCCGCCGAUGCGUCAGUGGCAGUCGGCCGUUCGGGAUGGGUUGCUGGAGAUUGGAGUGCUCCCUUUCAAUGGCUUCACUUACGACCACAUGGAGGGAACCAAGGUCGGUGGUACCAUUUUUGACCGGCAAGGUCACAGGCAUACUGCUGCUGAUCUUCUCCGAUAUGCCGAUUCCACCAGAAUCACUGUGCUUUUGCAUGCCACCGUCCACCGUAUAUCGUUCAGAGUUCAAGGAGGGUCAAAACCAGUGGCCCGAGGAGUUUUGUUUAGAGAUGCGUCUGGGGGGUUACACAGGGCCUACCUGAGAUACGGGCAGGGGAACGAGAUUAUUGUGUCAGCCGGUGCCCUUGGAAGCCCACAGCUUCUGAUGUUGAGUGGGAUAGGCCCAGAAGCCCACCUCAGGGCCCAUAAUAUCAGUGUAGUGUUGGACCAACCCUUAGUGGGCCAAGGAAUGUCAGAUAACCCCAUGAACGCCGUAUUCGUGCCAUCCCCUAUCCCUGUGGAGGUCUCCCUCAUUCAGGUUGUCGGCAUCACAAGCUCCGGCAGCUACAUCGAAGCCGCCAGCGGCGAAAACUUUGGCCGCGGUGAUCCCAGAAACUAUGGCUUGUUUUCGCCAAGAAUUGGUCAGUUCUCGAAGGUGCCGCCGAAGGAAAGAACCCCAGAAGCCCUGGCAAAGGCCAUACAGCUGAUGGACAGUCUUGAGGACGCGGAGUUAAGAGGCGGGUUCAUUCUUGAGAAAAUAAUGGGCCCAAUUUCAACCGGGUUUUUGGAGCUCCCAACCCGUGACGUAAACGACGAUCCGUUAGUGACGUUCAACUACUUUGAGGACCCACGAGACCUGGAGAGAUGCGUCGAAGGCAUGAGAAUAAUCGAGAGAGUGAUAGAAUCGCAGGCAUUCUCGCCGUUCACGUACCAGAAUAUAGCAGAGGAGUUUCUGGCCAACAUGAGUUCAAGAUGGCCGGUGAAUUUAUUGCCGAAGCACGUGAAUUCGGCGACGCCAUUGGAGGAGUUUUGCAGGAACACAGUGAUGACGAUUUGGCACUAUCAUGGAGGGUGCCAAGUAGGGAGGGUCGUAGAUAGUGAUUAUAAGGUUAUUGGAGUUGACUCUUUACGUGUUAUUGAUGGUUCCACCUUUAAUUAUUCUCCGGGAACUAAUCCUCAAGCCACUGUUAUGAUGCUAGGAAGGUAUAUGGGAAUCAAAAUGCUGAGGCAGAGACUUGCUGCUGACUAAUGAUUAGUGAUAUUAAUUUGAUUCUAUUAUUUCGGGACGAGGUUCAUCAAUGAGUUUAUAUGUUAGAGAUCACUUCCAGAGAGGUGUAAAAAAGGCAAUUAUUAUUGUAAGAGUUAACAGAUUGUUGGCAAAAGCAAAAAAAAGUUAGUAGAUUUUAUAAACCUUUCAAUUUAGACAAUACAAACUUAAUGAAGAUAUUCUUUUUGUUACAACUUACAA